GUCGAAGCUAGAGGACCGGCAGGCGGCAGCAGCAACUACGGCGGCGGCGGCAGAACCCAGCAGUGAUGUGGAGGUGGAGACCCACAGGAGUCCCGGACUUCACCUGAGCUACCUCAGUCACCAGGGGUGGCAAGAAAAAGAAGAAAGCCCUGAGUUGGGGGGGACCAGGAUGCCUGACCGGGACAGCUAUGCCAACGGCACUGGAAGCAGCAGUGGAGGCCCCGGAGGCGGUGGCAGCGAGGAGGCCAGUGGGACAGGGGCAGGCAGUGGUGGGGCCAGCUCAGAUGCCAUCUGCAGAGACUUCCUGAGGAAUGUGUGCAAGCGAGGCAAACGUUGCCGCUAUCGCCAUCCAGACAUGAGUGAGGUGUCCAACUUAGGGGUGAGCAAAAAUGAAUUCAUCUUUUGCCAUGACUUCCAGAAUAAGGAGUGUAGCCGUCCAAACUGCCGAUUCAUCCAUGGCUCCAAGGAGGAUGAAGAUGGCUAUAAGAAGACUGGAGAGCUUCCCCUUCGGCUGAGGCAGAAGGUGGCAGCCGGCUUGGGCCUUUCACCGGCUGACCUACCAAAUGGCAAGGAGGAGGUCCCUAUCUGCCGUGACUUCCUCAAGGGGGACUGUCAGAGAGGAGCCAAGUGCAAAUUCCGUCACCUGCAGCGGGAUUUUGAGUUUGAUGCUCGGGGUGGAGGAGGCACUGGUGGUGGGGGCUCAACAGGCCCAGUCCCUCCAGGACGACGUCAUGACCUCUAUGAUAUCUAUGAUCUCCCUGAUAGGGGCUUUGAGGAUCAUGAGCCAGGCCCCAAGCGUCGGCGAGGUGGAUGCUGCCCCCCAGAUGGCCCCCAUUUUGAAUCAUAUGAAUAUAGCCUGGCUCCAUCCCGAGGGGUGGAAUGCAGGCUGCUGGAGGAGGAGAAUGCCAUGCUCAGGAAGCGGGUAGAGGAGCUAAAGAAACAGGUCAGCAACUUGCUGGCCACCAAUGAGGUGCUGCUGGAACAAAAUGCCCAGUUCCGAAAUCAGGCCAAGGUCAUGACCCUGAGCUCUACUGCACCAGCCACUGAGCAGACUCUGGCCCCCACUGUAGGCACUGUGGCCACUUUUAACCAUGGCAUUGCCCAGACUCAUACUACUCUCAGCAGCCAGGCUCUACAGCCCCGCCCUGUGUCCCAGCAAGAGCUGGUGGCCCCUGCUGGAGCUCCAGCUGCUCCCCCAACUAAUGCUGCACCUCCUGCUGCUCCACCACCCCCACCCCCGCACUUGAACCCAGAGAUCACGCCACUGUCAGCUGCUCUGGCUCAAACAAUCGCCCAGGGAAUGGCACCCCCACCUGUCUCCAUGGCUCCUGUUGCUGUAUCUGUGGCUCCUGUGGCCCCUGUGGCUGUAUCGAUGGCCCAACCCUUGGCAGGAAUCACAAUGAGCCACACCACCACCCCCAUGGUGACUUACCCCAUUGCUUCCCAGAGCAUGCGCAUCACGGCCAUACCUCACUGAUGGGGCUACUGAAUACUCCCCUGGCAUAACCUUCCAGGGCUGUGGUAGAGGGGGCCUUACUUGCCUACUUGCCUAACCCUCCCAGGCCCUGUCUGAAGGGCUUACUCAAGAACGAGGACAAGAGACUACAAAGAGUAUGCUUCUGAGAAAGGGUUGGGCUGGUGUGUUUUCUCUCACCUCCCUUUCAUAAAGGUCUUCUUGUCCGUUUUCCUUCAAGCCUCACAGAAGGGGCUUGCAUGGAAGUGCAGACUGAAGCCAGCAGAGAGGAAGGACUGACUUGAGGGGCUCUAUGUCCCCAGAUGGGAAGUUGGGGACAUCCCUGAUCUUAUCCUCUCUUCUCUACAGCACAGGUUCCAGUACUGGCUUUGAAAGGGGGUGGGGGAAACUUACCCAGAAGGAGAGCCAGGAAAGAUUGGGAAGUGGGUGGCCAGGAGGAAAGACCAGAUAGGAACCUUCAGGCAUGUUGGGGCCCAGUUGAGCUGGACAAUACAGAAACUGCUCCUGAGCCCCUGGGAAGGUGGGGACCAUAGUACUCCAGUAGCCCAAAGGCUAAGGGAGCAUUCAUUACCUUAGCUUGGCCUGAAAAUCCAUAGAGCAGGGCCCACCACUUUCCAAAGAAAUAAAAGAACAAUUAUUUUUAAAAAAUGGAGGCAGUGAAAACUUACUUAGAUAUUCUGUGUGGGGAGAUGGGAGCAGUAAGUAGAUCUCAUGCUACAGUGGGCUAGAGAUCCCACCCUCAUAGGGUUGGAUGGAGUCCAGUGAAGAAGGGUAGGGACCCAGAAAAAGACCAAGUGGGGAAGGCACUUUGUGGGGUAAAAACAUUGGAGCCACCUGGUCUAGUUUAAAAUAGCCCCAUCUGUUUCUGGUUUGAGUGUGCUAUUCCCAUAUUGCCUUGGUAACCAGGGCUCCUAGGGUCAUUUAGGGGGGCAGGUACUGAGAAGGGUGUGUGUGCUGGGAAAUGGAGUUGGGAUGGUAUGUAGCUGACAGAUCUUCCUUUACUCAAAGCAGAUCAGGUGACAGUUGCCUCUCUGAGUUGUUGAUGGCAGGUAGUGUCCCUCCUACCCCAUCCCUUCCUCAGUGACCAAUGCCUUAAGCCUUAAAGCCUUGGAAGGUGCUGGGGAAAGGAUAGUUUUUUUUGGGACACAAGCCUCCCACUCUUCCCUCUGCCUCCACAUGGGACCAGAGGUUUUAAUUCUACUUAAGUUGUCAGUAAGGCCAAGGGCUCCGAUAGCUGAACCUAAUUGCUGAUAUAGGGGAAACAACUCAGGUGUCCAGUCUAGUGAGACUGGAUUUGAGGGUAGAGAAAACGAUCCUAGGUUAUGCUCCCCCAUCAUACAUCCUGCUACCUCCUGCUCUCUCAGCUGGCUCCCCCAUCAUAUCUCUUACUACCUCCUGCUCUCUCAGCUGGUUGAUCACUCAGGUUACAUCUGGGGUUGGAGAUGGUGGGCUGGGUCAGGGCCGGUCAUUUAAAAAAAAAAAAGUAUGGGUCUAAAGACUCAAAGUUGACAAAUACUGUUUGUGGAUUAUAGAAACAACGCAUUGAUAAGUUUCAUGUUGGUUUUCUGGAGAAAUUCUGGAUUAUUAAAAGAGAUGGUUUAUGAGUA